CUCAGUUUCUUUUGGCAUUACCUGGGAACAAGCCGGAUCGAGGCUCCUCGGGGCCCUCGCGGACAGCGAGGCGGCCGGCCGGGGCCUGGGAGAAGAGCUCCGUGCAGCCCGAGCGACCCUGAGCGCGGCGCUUACCUCGGAAGGAGGCGGCAAAGCGCCCCGGGACGGGGGUCCUCUGCCAAGGAAACCCCAGAUGCGGCGCCGGAGAGCCGCAGGCGCCGGGACAACCGCGCGGUCCCUCCUGCCGUGGAUACCUGGCGCCACUCGCGUCAUCCCGCCGCCGCCCCAGCAUCCUAGCGCCCCUCCUCCCGGAGAGGCCGCCCAGCCUGCUGCCCCAGGGGGCAAGGAACGGCCGAUCGAUAGCUCUGGUCUCCUCAAUCUUUAGACGCCGCAGAGUUCGGCCAUCAGCUCCAAAUGCCUACGCCCGCCGAUGCUGCCGCGUUACUAUGGAGACGGAGCUGCGAGUGACGGCGGCCUGAUCCUCGCCCGGGCCGGGCCCUGGGAGGGCCCCGCGGGGCGCAGCCCGGAGCCGCGUGGCUCUUGUCAUGGAAAUAUUUGUCUACAAGAAAGAUGUACCGUACUUGCAACUGGCUUUUAAUCACAGAUAAACAAGGAAGUUUCAAACCCAAGAAUCCAGGAUCCUGAUUACCUGGUUUCAUAAAAUAAGUGAGCGGGUACUUGUGAUCUGCUGUGAAGUAACCGAGGUACGGAAAAACCCAGCGAUAGUAAACAAAUUCUCUUACACAGAGAGGAGGAAUGAAUGGGCGAGUACCUCUAGCUGAGAAAGCUUUGUCUGAGGGCUAUGCCCGGCUUCGGUACAGAGACACCUCCUUGCUUAUCUGGCAGCAACAGCAGCAAAAGUUGGAAUCUGGACCCCCUGGGACUUACUUGAGUAGGAGCCGGAGCAUGUGGUACUCACAGUAUGGAAAUGAGGCCAUAUUAGUAAGAGACAAAAACAAACUCGAAGUCUCUCGAGACACUGGACAAUCAAAAUUUUGCACAAUUAUGUAAUUUUGAUGUGAACACAAUUCUUGAAUCCAAACAUCGAAUAGCCAAGACUGGACUUGGCUAGGUUAUUUAUUUCUCAUCAUUCCUGAGAUUUUUUUUUUGAACAUUAAGCCCCUCAAGGGACAACUUUUCAAACAUCGGAAGUGUUAUAUAGAAGAGAGGAAGCAUGAAGUGGAUUUCUGUAUUCGAAAGACAAUUUAGUUCUAAUUGUAAAUAAAACGAUUACUGCUGCCCAUUGGCUACAUUUAGACUAUCCCAUGUAAUGAAAAACUUGAGAGGUACUGUUGCUUGACAAGGAUUUGGUCACCUCAUGAUCUUGUUAACUGUGUACAAUAAUUUGUUCUGCUUCUAAAUGGAUCAAUGUAAAAUGCCCAUUUACAGCCAAAAAAACAAAACAAAACAAAAACCUUGGAGGGGCAUGUUUGUGGGAUUUUGUAUUUUUUUUUAAAGUGCAAACUUCUGCCUACUAAAUAAGAGUACUGAUGUCAAAAACAACAGACUUCAUUUCACAUGCAGUACUACCAAUAGCUAGAUAAUAGUUGUUUGUAGUUGAAUUUCAACGUAUAUCACCAUAAUUCCAUUAGGAAUUUGGUUACCCUGGAUAUUUCUAACUUGUGGUUGAGAUUAUUCACGUUUUAUUUAACAAAGUGAUGAUUAUAAGUAUUAUGUUGUGGCAUGUCAUGCAUUUAAUUAAGGCUUGUCCACAAGUACAUUCAUAGUAGCACUAAGGAAACAGAUCAUUUUCAAACAUUAUGAUAGACUCUAAAGAGUUAAAUUUAAUCAUUUGAAUGGCUAAACAAGGUAGGUUUGCAACUUUUUUUGAUAGUGUUUCAAUAUAUAUCCUCUUGCAUACUCUGUUGCAUUCCGCCAUCAUUUACAAUAUUUAAUGUAUUUUUGGUUCUGUGUUUUGCAUACAUACUGAUAUGGAUAUCCUAAAUUGGUGGUUUCUGUAAUCAGUCAUUUUAUAUGGAUUUGCUGUCUGCUGUAAUUAAAGUCUUCUUGGCUACAUAAAU